AAGAAAAAGCGUCUUUCAUCACUCCAAGGCCGCGCAUUGCUGCACAGCUCUCUUGACAGUUUGGACACUCUCUGGGAGAGUGGGAAUGCGUAUACAUACCCCGUCCUGCUCGACGUCCUGCCCAGAAGCGCGGCGGACGCCGAUUCGGGCAAAGGGCUGGACAGACCGACAGACAUGUGGACAAGGAGGGUGAUAAGAGUGAUGCUGCUGUUGUUGCCUUGCGCCACGGCAAUGCUCCCACACCAUGGGGACGGAAGGGGAGGGACGGACCAAAUCCUAAAUCCAGACCGUCUCAGGCCAGAUGAAAGGCAUGGAGGAGAAGAUGGACCCCAGGGAGGUGAGCAGGAGGACGAGAAGCUCGCUCCCCGUCUCCAGUCCCGUUCCCCCGACGACGCCACGGCGACCACGGAUCAGAAUACCACCUCCCUCCGUGACCCGGAACCAGAACCCGAACCCAGAAGCCAGUGCUGGACCGGGCCGUGUUUCGGACUGGGGGAAGAUCAGGAACCUGUCGGGAGAGAUCUGUUUAACGCCCUGCUGGAAGGCUGGGGAAGGGAGAGAGAGCCGGAACAGGAAGAUUUGACUCGUUUCGGACUUUGUCCCGAUCCAAGUGGGAACUCGAGUGGCCUGGACCCGGUCCUGUCUGCACUAGCAAACGCUGUGGAAAAAGACAGGGGCGGAUUGCAUGUUUUGCAGCCUACUAAAGAGCUCUGGGGGGUCCACGGGGAACACCAGAGGAGAGAGCUGACUCUCCGCUUUCUCCUGCCCCCCACCCUGCGGCCCCUGCUCGACAGCCUCACCCCCACCCUGCUCUUUGCCUUGGGGGGCUCCACCGGCACAGGUGGGCUGAGAGCGUCCUUCGCCAGCGAGUCCCUCCUCCCACACAAACAGACGGCGUGCAUUUUGGCUGGGACGCGAUACGUGGUUCUGACCGGGAGGCAAACGAAGGACCACGCGCACGGUCACCUGACGCUGAGGAUUACGGUGGAGGUGAAGCAGACAGAGGAAGGGGAGAAGAGGAGUCUACAGGACCUGCUGACAGGGGAGGGGGCUGGGCCUAAUGCUACCCAAGGUCCUCUGCUCCUGUUCAGAAGCAGAACACCGGACAGCUCGGCCUCUCCUAGCAAUGGAUUGACACCAGAGAUGGUCCAAUCCCCAGACGCUCUGGCAUCCUCCAGGACUUUCCUCUUUCUGUGUGCCCUGCAGAAGUUCCUGAGCAUGGCUCUCUCCCCAGGGAAGCUGGAGUCUCUCCCAUCUCGGGCUGCCUCCGUCUCCCUGGACGUCCUGCAGUCUCUCCCCCCCUUGUCCCUGGGUGCCUCCUCCAGCGAGUCCCUCCUCCUGGGGCUCCUAAACUCCUCAGCCCCAACCGUGUUCUCCUUCCCCUGCCGGGCCACCGACCUGCUGGAGCACCGGGUGGAGCUGGAUCUACAGCCCCCUCUGGUGGCCAUUCUGAGGCUCCGGCUGGAGGAGGCCGUGACCCGAUUGGUCCGGGAGGUGACGGGCGGGUGUGGCCUCAGGGAGAGGCUGCAGAAGCUGCAGGAGCUGGUCUCUCUCCCAGGGGAGGGUGGAGGAGAGGCACCAGCAGAUAUGGAGAACCACAGAGAGGCGCAGUACCGCGCCCUGCUCCUGUUCAAGGCCUUGCAGGUGGUGCUGGGAGCCUGGGAGGAGGAGAGGGGCCUGCGCUCCGCCCGCGGGGGUGAGGAAGGUUCCGGAAGGGGGGGAACGUGCCGGCUGCAGCCCCUGACCGUGUCGCUGAAGAGCUACGUGCUGACCCCGGACACGGCCGCCAUCAACAACUGCGAGGGCGCCUGCGGCUUCCCGCUGGCCGACGCCAACAACCACGCCAUCCUGCUGAACAGCCACGAGCAGAGCGGCCUGGCCCUGGGGCGCUCCCUGUGCUGCGUGCCCCUGGAGUACGACGACCUGCAGGUGGUGGAGCUGAAGGGGGGCGGCACGCAGAUCACCAUCAAGCCCAACAUGGUGGCCAAGAAGUGCGGCUGCCGCUGAAAGCGCUAAAGCCCAGUCUCCAAAAAACAGCCCAGACCAGACCAGACCAGACCAGACCAGACCGGACGUGACGGUUUCAGAACGUUAUUUUAGAAGAAAGUUCUGUCGGCGUGAAUGCGCGGUUUUAGAACGUCGGCUCUCCAGCGGCUAGCGUUUUGAAAACCGAGCGUGUCGAGUCUUAAGUCCGGAGUUUUUAAGAACAGUUACAGUGAUUUAACGUUACUGUUAACUCGAGUCGUCGUGGAAACAGUCAUUUAUUUGUUUACUCGCCGCUUUGGUGUGGACUGCCUAGUCCAUACCCGCGGACGUUUCGAGAUUUAAACACGGACGUUCCGAGAUUUCUCUAGUCGCGUCUCGUCUCCUCUGGGCUGUUUGGUGGAGACUGGGCUUAAGACCCCGCACCCCCGCACCCGCCUGUGUGUAAACGCAGCUCUACAGAAACAACCAGAGACUGCUGUCCUCACUUUGUACAUUCAUUUCCCCCUUUUUAUUUUUUCUAAAUGAAAAUGCAUAUUGUGUUAUAUUAAUAUUAUUCCACGUGUUUCUAUGCACUGAGCACCUCCACAUAAUAUACGGGGCUUCAAAAUCCUUGUGUGAACACAUUUCAGUAAUAAAUGAAUAAAAAAACACUU